AUGAAUAAAUACGAAGUAUUAGGAGUAGUUGGAGAGGGUGCUUAUGGAGUGGUUCUUAAAUGUAAAAACAAGGAGACAAAUGAGAUAGGUAUAAAUGAAGUUUAGAUGUUUUUAGUGGCGAUAAAGAAGUUCAAAGAAACUGAAGAGAAUGAGAUAGUGAAAAAGAGCAUAUAAAGAGAAGUGAAGGUACUUAGAUUGUUAAGACAUGCUAAUAUAGUGGAAUUAAAGGAAGCAUUCAAAAGGUAGUAUGAUGUGGGAAGUUAAUUAGAAAAGGGAGAAUAUAUUUAGUAUUUGAGUAUGUGGAGCGCAAUUUACUUGAAGUUCUUGAGGCAUCUCCUUCAGGAUUGGAAGUAUUAAACAUAAUUAUAAUGAUAGCCAUUGUAUAUCAAAAGAAUAAUUUUUCAGUUGCUUAAAGCAAUAUUUUGUUGUCAUCAAAAUGAUAUUGUUCAUAGAGAUAUAAAACCAGAAAAUCUCUUGAUAAGUAACAAUCAUUAAUUGAAGCUCUGUGAUUUUGGUUUUGCUAGAGUAUUACAUUCAAUUUCAUUUAAUUAGUCUCUAACUGCAUCAACAUAAGAUCUCACUGAUUAUGUAGCCACAAGAUGGUAUAGAGCACCAGAACUUUUACUUUCUUAUUCAAAUUAUGAUAAAGGAGUGGAUAUGUGGUACAAAAUUAAAUUUAAUAUUAGGGCAAUAGGAUGCCUGUUAUGCGAAUUGACAGAUGGUAAUCCUUUAUUUCCAGGAGAAAAUGAAAUGGAUCAAUUAUAUCUCAUAUAGAAGAUGUUAGGACCAUUAACAUAAAGUUAAUAAGAGACAUUCUCAAAGAAUCCUAGAUUUUUGGGUAUGAAAUUUCCAGAAAUAUCUAAACCUGAAACACUGGAAUAAAGGUUAUUUUAUAAAUAUAUAAUUAUUUUAGAUAUCUAUGUAAAUUACCAAAAAAAGCCAUAAAUUUUGUUAAAGGAUUAUUGAAAAUGGAGCCUGCUGAACGGUUAACAUGCAAAUAAGCACUUCGUCAUUAAUAUUUCGAAGAUUUACCAGAAGCAGUUGAAUUUAUUAGAGAAUUAGAAAUGUAAAAUGAUUAAGAAAAAAGAUAAGUAAGUGCAGGUGUUCAUCGAACUGCAGCAUCACCUAAUACAUAAUAGAAUGUAAUUAGAACUAAAGUAUUGAUUCAUUAUAUAAAAUAAAUAGACUAGUUUCAAAGUACCUAAUUAUUUGGGAAAUUAGUUGAACAUGCAAAAUACUGCUUAUAAUUAUAAUAUAUAAGGGUAGCAGCAACAAGAAAAGGAUGGGAAAUAAAUGAAGAAAGCAGUAAAAAAAUAAUUUAAAAUUUAGUAGUCAAUAGAGAAAUUGAUUCCUGGAUUUAAAGAAUAAAAAUUGAAUAUGAAUUCAGAAACAAAUAAGAUGAAGGUAUCAGGAUAAUCGCAAUUUAGUCAACAAUAAUUAUAAAUGUAAUAAUCUAUAAAGAUUCAAAACUUAAACAUAAUUUAUAAUUCUAAUACUUACAAUUAAUUUUAGAAGAAGGGAGCAUUAACAAAAAAAUGA